UAAACUAGUGGGAGAACCAAUUGUCAUUUUUCUCAUUGGAGCCAAUUUUAUUUAUAUUUAGUGAUCAGGUGGUGGGUUUGACUUAAGACCACUUACUACUUUCUUAUAUCUCUAUAAAAUCAUAGCUGCUCAUUUCAGUUCACUUCACUUCAACAUUGUCUCACAUUGCCACCACCAAAAUGGCACUCAAUUUUACCAACAUGAGAACUUCAUCUGAUGGAGCUUGGCAAGGUGAUAAUCCUCUUCACCAUGCCUUCCCAUUAUUAAUAGUUCAAACCCUUCUCAUCCUCUUCGUUAGCCGCUUCCUCGCCUUCCUUCUCAAGCCACUCCGCCAACCUAAAGUCAUUGCUGAGAUAUUAGGUGGGAUUUUGUUGGGACCAUCCGCACUUGGCAGGAAUAAAGAUUUCUUGGAGAUCUUAUUCCCUUCAUGGAGCACUCCCAUACUAGAAUCCGUUGCAAGCAUUGGCCUUCUCUUUUACCUAUUUCUCGUCGGCCUCGAGCUUGAUCUGAUCUCCAUUCGCCGCAGUGGCAGAAGAGCCAUCAGCAUAGCACUCGCAGGCAUUUCCCUCCCUUUCUUCUUCGGAGUUGGUCUCGCAUUCUUUACCCGAAAAGUCAUCCACGGAGAGAACAAGGUCGGUUACCCUCAGCUUCUCGUGUUCACAGGGGUAGCCCUCUCCAUCACCGCUUUCCCUGUCCUCGCUCGCAUCUUAGCGGAGCUCAAACUUCUCACAACUCGUGUCGGUGAAACUGCGAUGGCAGCAGCAGCCUUCAACGAUAUAGCUGCAUGGAUCCUGCUGGCAUUGGCGGUGGCCUUAGCCGGCGGGAGCCACAAAAGCCCCUUAGUGUCCAUUUGGGUUCUCAUUUCCGGCGUUGGUUUUGUUGUUUUUCAGCUAACUUUGGUCCGACCUUUCAUGAACUGGGUUGCCAAACGGUGCUCAUCCGAUCAUGACCUAGUGGAUGAGGCUUACAUCUGCUUAACCCUAGCCGGGGUACUGUUAUCCGGGUUUAUGACAGACAUGAUCGGCAUCCAUGCCAUAUUCGGCGCUUUUGUUUUCGGGUUAACGAUUCCAAAGGGGGGAGAGUUUGCAGCCAGACUGACCAAAAGGAUAGAGGAUUUUGUGUCUGGCUUGCUUCUUCCUCUAUAUUUUGCUUCAAGUGGUUUAAAAACUGAUGUUGCUAAAAUUCAAGGGCUCAGGGCAUGGGGGUUGGUGGCUUUGGUCAUAUCUGUGUCCUGCACUGGCAAGAUUUUGGGUACUUUUCUGGUGGCCAUGUUGUUUAUGAUACCAGUAAGAGAGUCAUUAGCACUGGGAGUCCUCAUGAAUACUAAAGGCUUGGUGGAGCUCAUUGUUCUCAACAUUGGGAAGGAAAAAAAGAUUCUAAACGAUGAGAUGUUUGCUAUUUUGACCCUGAUGGCAGUUUUUACCACCUUCAUGACAACUCCAGCAGUGAUGGCCAUUUACAAACCCUCAUGGGAUGUCAUUGCUUCUCAAACUCCCCGUCUCUUACAGGGACAACAUUCUCCGACCAAACCCGCCCACAGACGAAAGGACCUUCGAAUCCUUGCUUGCGUUCAUGGACCUGGAAGUGUACCUUCCCUCAUCAACCUCAUCGAGUCAGUCGCACCUGCCUCACAACACUCAUCGCUGCUCAAAGUUUACGUGAUGCAUCUUGUUGAGCUCACUGACCGUUCAUCAUCCAUUAUGAUGGUACAUCGAGCUCGGAAAAAUGGUUUUCCCUUCAUCAGCCGCUUAUGUCGAGGGGUCUCACAGGACCAAAUCCCUGCGGCGUUUGAGGCCUAUGGUCAAGUCGGUCAAGUCACCAUCCGCCACACAACAGCCAUCUCUGCGUUGUCCACAAUGCAAGAGGAUAUUCUCCAUGUUGCAGAGGCGAAGACGGUUUCCCUCGUCAUCUUGCCUUUUAACAAACAAUGGAGAAGAGAGGAAGAGAAGGAAAUGGAGGAUCUGGGGGAUGACUGGAAAAGGGUCAAUCAGAGGGUCUUAAGCACUGCAAAUUGCUCAGUGGCAUUGUUCGUGGAUCGUGGAUUUGGCAGCAGACGUGAGAGGGGUGCCGCCACUCCCAAGAGGGUGUGCGUUUUGUUCUUGGGUGGACCUGACGACCGCGAGGCUCUGGAAUUUGGUGGAAGAUUGGCACAUUCAAGCGUUAUUUUAACAGUUGUAAAAUGCAUUAUGGACAGCUUGGAGCAAAAUCAUGAGAAGGAACUAGAUGAGGCAGCAGUUGCAGAGUUGAGGAGGUGUAAUGAAUCAGUGGAAUACAUAGAGAAGGUGGUGACAGGCGGCAUUGCGGGGACAGCGGUGAGUAUAGGGCUGAGUGGGGAAUACGACCUCGUUAUCGUGGGGAAGGAGCAGCAGAAUUCUGAAUUGGCUGGCCAUCAGCUGGAGCAUGCUGAACUGGGACAAAUUGGAGACAUAUUAGCAUCAUCACCUGGGAUUUCGUCCUCUGUUCUUGUGAUACAAACACCAAGAACCGGCACAUGAAGGAUGCUGUUGUACUGUGUAAAAAGCAGUCGGACGACGGUGGGAUUCAACGACCAAAAACGAUGAAUCAGCUAUUUGGAAAUAAUAAUCUGGGUUCUAGGGUGUUUUACUGUCGCUAUGUAAUUUAGUUUGUGAUUAGCCACGAAUAAGUAGGGUUUGGCGUAAAUUCAUGCGAUAAGUAGUGUUCGAGUUAAAUGGUUAAAUAAGCGGUAGAACAGAACGAACAGAAUCGAGCAGUGUGGGGAUCAGCAUGGUGCUUUUCAUAGUGGUAAAUUACUCGUGUAAACCAGACAUUUAUGGAGUGUGAGAAUUUUACCCGA